UGACAACUCGGCAAUAACACUAAUCAUGGCGAUCAUCGAACUGGCCCACAUCAGCCUGAAAGACGGACUCACGGCUACCGACCCGACACUGAAGAAGAACCUCAAGGAAGUCAAGAGGGUGAUUGAAGAGUACAGCAGAUUGGUCACCUUGUUCUACACCCAGGUCGACGACCCCACGAGCAUGUUCGUCAUCGGUGCCUGGGAGACCAAGGACGCUCACCAACACGGCUUCAACGGGUCGCCUCAGCAAGGCCAAAUUUUGGGCCUGGUCAAAGAUCAGAUGGAUAUUGACUGGAUGCACUACAUGGACAUUGAACAGUCUCGGAUCCCUCUGGACGCGCCGGUGCUCAUGUUAAACAAGGCCGUCUUCAAGCGUGGUGUGCAUCACUUGGCCAUCGAUAACGAGUUUGCACAACGUACAUCUACCAUGGGCGGAGCGAGGCACGGCGCCGUGUCGACGUGGAACAUACCAAAAGACGACAAGGAACAUGCGGUUCGCGUUCAUUUUUCAGGCUGGGAUACGGCAGACGAAGCUGUAGAGAGCGUGGCGGGUGUCAUUGCGACCGGCAAGACUUUCGUACCUCACAUACUAGAGGCGAGAUUGUUCAUCACCGAGAGGACCGUUUUGGAUUGA